AGUCACAGUAUCGUAUUUAAACAACAAGCAACAAUGAUACUAAAAUAUUUAAUAUCAACAAUAUUGUUAGUUAAUAUUUGUUAUGGAUACAAAGUCCUUGUCGUGUUUACUUUGCCGGGCAAGAGUCACGGCAUCCUUGGAGAGGGUUAUGUCAGACAUCUCUUAAAAGCUGGACAUGAGGUUACCUACGUGACCCCAUUUCCGGAGAAGAAUCCGCCGAAGAAUCUUCGAUAUAUAGAUGUUUCCGAGAAUACUAAAUGCUUAAACAUGGGCAUCUUCGACAUAAAGGUUAUUAUGGAUAAAGAAAUAAAUUUGCAAGACCAAAACGUAAUAAUACCGAUCAUGGACAACUUUUGGGAAUGUACAUUGAAAAAAGAAGCCUUGCAAAGAUUUCUGUAUGAUCAAAAUGAGAAAUUCGAUGCUGUUGUAGUUGAAUGGCUGUACAGUGAACUUGGUUCUGGCUUCGCUACAGUUUUCAACUGCCCUCUCAUCUGGUCUUCCUCCAUGGAUCCUAGUACCUUCGUACUGUCCCUGAUAGAUGAACACUUAAAUCCAGCGUACACUGUACACCAUAUGUCCAAGGAUUACUCCUUUUCGUUCCUAGACAGAGUUUAUCAAUUGUGGAGUGUGGCUAGAGUGCGAUACUACAAAUGGGCUAACUCCAACAAUGAAAACGAAUUAUUUAAACAAUUAUACGGACCUAUUGUUGCAAAAAAAAACCGAGAACUGCCCGAGUUUGAUGAAGUGAAAUAUAACGCGUCACUUAUGCUUGGGAACUCAAAUAUUGUUGCAGGAGCCGGUAUAGCUCUGCCACAAAACUACAAGCAUAUUGGUGGUUAUCACUUCAAAGAGGAGAUUGAGCCCCUGCCUAAAGACAUGAAAGAAAUCGUUGAAAAUGCCCCACAUGGCGUAAUAUACUUCAGCAUGGGCAGUAAUCUUAAGAGCAGCAAUAUACCAGAUAAAUUAAAAAGGGAGCUUCUUGAUAUGUUCAGUGAAUUUAAAGAAACUGUGAUUUGGAAAUUGGAAAAGACUAUACCAGACUUACCGAAAAAUGUCCAUAUAUCUCCCUGGGUACCUCAACAAAGCCUAUUGGCUCAUCCAAAAUGCGUGCUCUUCAUAACCCAUGGAGGUUUCCUUUCACUCCUCGAAACAUUGCGAGCUGGAAAACCAAUUAUAGGAAUACCGUUCUUCGCUGAUCAAUAUCUUAAUGUCAACAGAGCAGUUGCUAAAGGUUUUGCAAAACGAAUAGACUUUGGCGAAAAUGUCAUUCCUUUGAAAGAGGCCAUUAAGGAAAUUCUGGAGAACCCGAGUUACCAACAAAGGGCUAAAGAGCUCUCAGUCCAAUUCAACGAUCGCAUUGUCCCUCCAGGCAAAGAGCUCGUGUAUUGGAUCGAGCACGUGAUAAAAACAAAUGGCGCUCCACACUUGCGCUCUGCAGCGCUGCACGUCAGCUGGUACAAGAAAAUGUAUCUAGAUCUACUUUCAGUUACAGUAAUCGCUUUAGUGAUGAUUUUCGUGAUCAUUAAAUAUUUGUUUACCUUUAUGCAAGUCGACACUCAUCAGAAGAAAAAAGUGCAUUAGAAUUUUAAUUAUUAAAUUAGCAAAUAUAUUUUAUUCAUCAGAA